UAUGCUAUAACGGUGUCCCAUCUUCCCCAUCCUAAUAUGUGUUUGAUUUUUUUAGUUUACAAAUUUAACAUUUGUACACGGAUAUAUACACAGAGUAAUAGAGUUAGCCUGUUUAAAAGAAUUUCAAAGUAGCAAUACCCCAAGUUUCAUUUUUGACAACUCGUGCGUGUUAGGUGCACAAUAAGUUUAUGAAAUGCCACGUACGCACGAGUAGCUGUUUUAUUUUCUAGGUAGAAAGCAAACAAUCUAAGUCAUAAACAGACGGAAGUAUGAGCUUAAACGGUUUAAGUUAAAGACGUGAUAAAUAUAUUUUCUAAAAUAAGAUUAGGUAACACGAGGGCUUAAAUAUAUAAGUCUGGUACUUUUAUAAACAACUUGUUAUGUUUAACAAUAUAGAGAGACAGAUUGAUCUUAUUUUAGAAAAUAGCAAUGCGCUUUGACGUGUUUUUAUUAUAAAUGUUUGUGUUUGUUGCAGAGAGCUAUAUUGCUUUAAAUAUGAACAAUAUUUUGAUAGUUUGCUGCACAAUUCUGUUUUGCGUUGCAAUUAAAGCACAAGAUAAAUAUGAAUGCGAUUGCCAAAAGAACGGAGGUGUGUGCAUGAGAGCGGGGCUAAUGAUGCAAGGUUACUAUGAUGACUAUUCAGAGUGCGAUGGAUUUAACGACUGUGGAGAUUGGUCAGACGAGAAGGACUGCGAAUGGAUUUGUGGGGCAAAUGAUUACGUGUGUGACUGUUACUCCAAUGGAAAUUGUGACUUGACUGGAAUAUAUUACUUUUGGCCUUGCUACGACCGAAGCUACAAAUGCGAUACUGAUAAUGAUUGUGGGGAUUGGAGCGACGAAAAAGAUUGUAAUUAUCAGUGUGGUUCGAACGAGCUUGCGUGUGAUUGUUUUAAGAACAACUCUACAUGUGAUAGCUUAUAUAUAGGAGACUUGGAAAGCAUCUCGACUUGCUAUUCUAAAGAGCAGCAAUGUAAAAACAUGGGAAAAUGUUCAGAUUUUAGUGACAACAAGAACUGUACUUGCGAAGCAAACCAACUAAAAUGUGGUUGCAUACUUAAACCGGAUAACUGCACGUCGGCUUUAGGUUGUAUUGAUAUACAUGAAGUUCUAAAUGGUUUAACAGACUGCGCCGAUUAUUCUGACGAAGCUUGUGAUAUCCACGACGUUACUUUAAUGAGUUUAACAUCUAAGUUCCAUGCUACAGAUCGCGAUACGUUGACAGGAUCCGUUUACCAAUGUGAGGAUUACGAGUCUUAUAACAGAUUUAAAGAACUUAAUCAGAUUGCUGUAAAUUCGUCAAGAAAUUGUCAUUUUUUGGAGAUUUUUUCUGGAGAAAAUUUCACUCGUAUUGGUAAGCAGUGGUGGUGUGCGUCAAACGACCACUGGAAGAACGGUGUGGCUAAAUGUAAGAAUAAGGAGUUUGUGUUAUUUUCACACCUUUGCAACCUAAACCCAGAUUGUACAGACGAAAGUGACGAAAUGUUUGACGUACCAGGGUUUAAAUGCAGAGCAAAAAGCGAAUACUUUCAGCCCAAGCAAUCGUGUGUUCUUCCCCAAGUUAAUCUUUUCAACAACAAUUCGUACUGUGAAGAUGGCUCAGAUAAUUGCUUUGUUGAUGGAAAGUUGAAAUGCUUUCGUUGUUUGGACGGAAGGUUAAUGAUUUCAGCCAAGCAAGUUUGCGAUGGUGUGAUAGAUUGCUACGAUUUGUCCGAUGAAUGUUUGUGCCAGGACCAAAGUGUAUGCGAUAACGUUUUGGGCAAGUCUCGGCAGAGCUGUCUACCAAACGAGAUGAUUUGCAAUGGUGUUUGCAUGGAAAUAGAUAACGUCAUUUGUAACAAAAUGGUGGAUUGCAACGACACGUUUAACAACAUGUACUGUAUGUUAAUGAUGCACAGAGAUGAGGAGAUAUAUGAAUACAAAUUCUGCCCCCAAGAUGCGGAAGAAUCGGCGUUCGUCACGGCAAGCGUUUGUGACGGAUUACCAGAAUGCUUCGACCGCAGCGACGAGUGUAAUGUAGGUUGCCCGAGUGAGACUCACUUUUGCCUCAGCUCCUUGGAUUGCCACACAAAGUUGGUUAACGCUGAAUCUAGCCUUCGUAUCGAAUCUUACUGCGAUGGACGACCGUUUAUAAGUCCUGGUUGCGAACCUGGGUUUGAUGAAAAGAACUGCACAGGUCGAUUUUACUGUAAAAACACGAGCUCUCUAGUUUGGAGCGUGGAGCAAGUAAAAGUUUGCGAUGGAGUCCUUGACUGUGUUGAUGGUUCAGACGAAGUGGUGGAAUUAUGCAAAAAUACUCGAUUCUACUGCCUUAACAAGCAACCUCUUUCUGUGGACAAAAGUCGAGUUGAAAAUGGAUUUAAAGACUGUAGCGAUGGUAGCGAUGAAUGCCCAGUGAAUACUACAAGAGCUACUGUUUUCUCUACACCGUUUGAAAUGAUUGGCACAGUCUUUAUAAGAAUCCUAAUGUGGAUCAUGGGCAUCCUAUCUCUAAUUGGGAAUGGUUUGGUUUUUCUUUUUACAGUUAUAGAGAUGGUAAGAAAAAAGAACGAACCUUUAAAAACAUCUUUUCUUUGGUUUGUUAUAAACCUUUCGCUAUCAGAUUUCUUGAUGGGCGUUUACUUGGUGGCAAUAUCGAGUAAAGGAGCCGAGUACUCGGGUAGAUAUUGCUACCAUGAUGCUGAAUGGCGAAGCAGCAAUCUUUGUUCAGGUCUCGGUUCACUAACUAUCAUUUCAUCUGAAGUUUCGGCCCUUACUAUGGCCGUGAUGGCUACGUUCAGAUUAAUUUCCGUUUAUAAACCAUUUAAGAUGGCAAACGUCAAACGUGUAGCGUAUAUGGCUCCUACAUUUACAAUAUGGGCGGUGGGGAUACUUCUAGGAACGAUUCCACUGAUUCAAACUUCAUCUGGUUAUUUUGUUUCAUCAAUCUGGUUCCCAAAUUACUUUUCAUCGAAAGAUAUCAUCACGAAAGACAAGUUUAUGUUUCUUUGUAAAUCAAUUUCCACAUAUAACACUAACAUAUCAUCACCUGCUUUGAAUUGGGACCAAGCCAAACGCAAAAUGUCUGAAACAUUUCAAGAGCUUGAGAUUAAAGCUGAGUUUGGUUACUACGGCGAAACAAGCGUUUGUAUGCCCAAGGUAUUUGUAACAGUUGGUGAGGCGGUUUGGGAGUACUCAGCUUUUUUGAUAAGUCUCAACUUUUGCCUCUUCUUGUACGUGGUUGCUGUCUACAUUGGCGUAUUUAAACGAAGCACUAAAAUGAAAAACAAUGCUCAAACAAGCAACAAACUACAAAAGACUAUAUCCCUUCUUAUCCUCACCAACUUUUGCUGUUGGAUUCCUAUCUGUAUCAUGGCUUUUCUUAGCUUAUCUGGCGUCAAACUUGACCGAAUCGUGUACGUCAUCAGCGCUGGAGUGCUGCUUCCUAUAAACAGCGUCAUCAACCCGAUUAUUUAUUCAGACAUUGGCAGAAUUGCGGUCAAGAAAUUCAUAAAGAACUUUAGGAAACCUGUUGUUGUGUCCACGCCACGUAUGGAAAACGUCAUACCUCCAUCGCCCAAUACCAACCGGAUAACAACUAUAACAUCAUUGUAAUUUUGCAUGAAACCUAAUACUUUAGCAUUUUAACUUUAAAUGUAAUAGCAGUAGUGUUAUGUAGCACUCCUUCACUAUAGUAGUGUGGGGAAAGAUGGGACACCUUUAGCACAUAAUAUCCAAACAUCCUUAUCGUGUUUCAAAGUAACUACAGUCUAUAUGGGAGUCGUAAGGAUAUAUGUUUUUAUUAACUUUUAAAAUUUCUUUGUUUACUACCAAAUGAAACGAGGAAAUAGAAUAAAAAGGUUUCCUAUCUUCCCCACCUUCACUGUAGAUAGACUGGUGUUUUAUAAACCAAAGAAAUGGACAUAACAUACUGUAUAGCAAUAUUCGAAUUUUGAUGCCGUUAGGUAAAAAGCAUGCACUAAACCCAACGUAAAUUACCAACCCUAAUAUAGUGUGAUGGGGGGGAGGGGGGAUACUGGACAUAAUGUCCAAAUAUCCCAAUCGUGUUUAAACAAUUAACAGCCGCCUGAAACGAGAAAAUAGAAUGAAAAAAAACCCACCCUACUAUAAAGGCGAUCUACGCCUGUAUUACCUAUAGUCUUUUUUAAACCCUUUAUCGUAAUUUGUAUCUAACAUACCAUGGCCUACUCAAUACACGGCCUAGGAA